AUGUCUCAAGCCGACGCAAAGCCGCUGCCUUUCGUCUACCAAUUCGCGGCCGGUAAGUCUCAAUGGUACCCGCUGGACGUCGUCAAGACUCGAGUACAACUACAAACCAGCAAGGCCACCGGAGACGAAGCAUACAAUGGCAUGGUAGACUGCUUCAGGAAGAUUGUCAAGCAUGAAGGUGCAUCGAGGUUAUACCGUGGUAUCUCCGCUCCCAUUCUGAUGGAGGCGCCAAAGAGGGCCACCAAGUUCGCCGCGAACGACUCAUGGGGCUCCUUCUACCGCAACCUCUUCGGCGUCGCCAAGAUGAACCAAUCCCUCUCUAUCCUCACAGGUGCCACCGCCGGCGCAACCGAAGCCUUCGUCGUCGUCCCCUUCGAGCUCGUGAAGAUCCGCCUACAAGACCGCGCCCAGUCGCACAAGUACAACGGCAUGAUCGACUGCGUGACCAAGAUCGUGAAGCAAGAAGGACCUCUGACUCUCUACCAAGGUCUCGAGUCAACGAUGUGGCGCCACAUUCUCUGGAAUGCCGGGUACUUUGGAUGCAUUUUCCAGGUGCGAGCGCUGCUGCCGGCGGCCACCACCAAGAAGGGCCAGAUCACGAAUGAUCUGAUGUCAGGUGCGGUAGGCGGAACUGUCGGAACGAUUCUCAACACUCCCAUGGACGUCGUCAAGUCGCGCAUUCAGAACUCUCCAAAGGUUCCGGGACAGGUGCCCAAGUACAACUGGGCAUGGCCUGCGCUUGGCACGGUCGCUAGGGAGGAGGGCUUCGGUGCGCUGUACAAGGGUUUCCUGCCCAAGGUGCUGAGACUGGGACCUGGUGGUGGUAUCCUGCUCGUCGUCUUCACGGGUGUCAUGGACUUCUUCCGCAAGAUGCGCGAGCAGUAG